ACUCCAUACAAUUUAAUUUACCUGUCUUUCUAGGGCAUUCAUGAUGAUGAUUCCACAACCUUAUUAUCAGUGAAUGAUCGACUCUGCUGAUAGUAAAAGCAAGAAGAGAGAUGAUGCUGUAUAUGUGGGUAGCCCGCCAAACUCAAAACUAAAAAGGUCUUCCCACAAAAUUGUGUACAUCCAACUAAUUUCCAGGUGCUCGACGAUCCAUCCUCUGAAUAAAUCUGUACAAGACAAGCGUGUAAUUCAACUGAAGAGUUACCCUUUUCCUGGAAUUCAUCCGUCUUUCUCAAUGCCCAUUUACAUCUGGUUUUUAUAGUCAACUUACUUGGAAAGAUGAUGUUAAAUCUUGGGGAACCCGCGAAACUCAAAACUAAGAAGAUUGUUUUUGAAGAUGCAUACGAAGUUCGUGACCCUGGUUCACUUGAGCAACUGAAAGAAUUGAGCGCAAAACGCAAGUACAUUGAGGAGUCCAUUAACAAUAGCAGCUCUAUUACAGAGGCUAUUGCCCGAGAAAUAUCUGGGGGCUUGACUUCUCAUUGUGAACAGGAACUUCAGAAGCUUGAGCAGUAUAUACCCUUGUUGGAAAAUUUGGUUCAUCUUAUUGACUUAUUUACUACAACAACAGAUCAUAGCUAUCGGAUAAAUCGUUGGACUGCCAAUCUCAAGAUAAGAUGGAGUAGCUCUCUUUGUUCUUCAUCUUUCUUCAACAACCUCACAGGACCAAAGUUCUUUCAGAUCGACGAUGUUAGAUUUGAAAUAGGAAUGAUCCUUUUUCUUUAUGGUGCUAUUCUUCGAGAUUGGGCUUCUGAAAUUCUCUUACUCGAUUUGGUGAGAUCUGCCACCAUUUUCAGAAGAGCUGCAGGUGUUUAUCGAUAUCUGUCUCAAGAAGUUCUACCUCGUUUAUCAUCUGUUUCAGAACGACCCCCAGAAUCAUUCUCAGAAAUCUCAUCUGUUAUGAGCCUGAUUUGCUUGGCCGAGGCCCAGGCUGUAACGAUAAAGAAGGCUGAAGAGAAAGGAAAUACCGCAAGUCUCCUCUCGAAGCUUCACUAUGGAGUUGUACAGUUUUUAGACGAGGCGAUGAUCAUCUUACAAUCAUACAUUAAAGAGAACAAAGAUAUUUCAGCACGUUUUCUGGAUUUUAUAUUUUGGUGCAGAGAUCUUCACGAGCUGAGAAGUUAUAAGUAUUUGGCUCGAAGUAUGAAGGACGAUGAUGGGAAUCUUGGAGGCGCAAUUGGCAUUCUUCGUAAUGCAUUAAAUAAGCGACAAACGAAAGUGCCUGGAGAUGAUUUGUGGAGGCAGGUUUUGAUUAGUGAAAUUAAUGAAUCAGUCGAGUUGCUUAGGAAGUAUGAGCACGAGAAUGAGUUUGUUUGGCACGAGAAGGUUUUGGAUUUCGAUCAAUUGCCUGUUCCUCAAGGUAAGAAGAUAGUGAAUUCAAUUUCGUAUAACCCUGAGAGAUGGGAGAGAUCAUUGUCUUUCAAAAUCUGAAGUGUUCAUAUAAUUGUUCUACUUUGAAUGCAUGCAUCACAGUGUGUGCCUAUUUUGGAAACUGUAAUUUUUUGUAACAAUCUAUUGCAAGUAAAACGGAAAUGAAUGUUUUUUUUU